CACGAGACAAAUGGGAGAGCAGAUCCAGGAGCACGAGUCAGAGCAGGGAUCUGAACAAGACUUUUUACACAAUCCCCAGAUGCAGAUAUCUUGGUUGGGCCAACAGAAGCUAGAAGAUUUAAAUCGGAAGGACAGGACAGGAAUGAACUACAUGAAAGGGAGAACUGGUGUAAGGCAUGCAGUACGAGGUCUAAUGGAAGAUGAUGCUGAGCCCAUCUUUGAAGAUGUAAUGAUGUCCUCAAGAGGUCAGCUAGAGGAUAUGAAUGAAGAAUUUGAGGACACAAUGGUCAUUGAUCUGCCGCCUUCAAGGAACCGGCGAGAACGGGCUGAGCUGAGGCCGGACUUCUUUGACUCCGCAGCUAUCAUCGAGGAUGAUUCAGGAUUUGGAAUGCCUAUGUUCUGAAGUCUGGUGAAGACAUUUUACAAAUUUGGAACUCUAUUGUUUAGAGCUAGAGGCCUAUAUACUGUGAUAGCUUGUAUGAAAACCACAUUUUUGAUGUGAUACGGUUUGAUUUUUAACCAAAUGAUUGAGGUCAAUCCCUUUUUGUAGUGACAGAAGGAAGAGGAACUUCUUAAUGACACAAAGGAAUGUUGGCCAAUCCAGUCACCUCAGAAGGGCUGACCUAAAAUAUCAUUUGUAACCCUGUUCUUGACUGUCCUAAUACAGAUCUUUUGUUUUUCCUGAAUGAGGAGGUUUUAAAUUGUUAAGACAGCUGUCAAAAUAAACACUGUUCUACGUAUGUUUUCUGAAAACAACAUUGAGUGAAAACAGAACUUUUUAACUUUAUUUUUCUGCUGUACAAUUUAAAACAGUUUUAACAUUUGCCUUUUUAUGUUUUAAAAGCUAGCCAUUUUUAUUAAACCUAUGCCUAUCAGCCAUUGACUAGCAAUGACACUAUAAGCAGGUCAUUCUGGCUACAGAAAAGUGUUUUUGAACACACUGGAUUUGAUUAACAUUAUGGUACGCUUAUAUCCUCUCAUAGGCAUUGAGAAGAACACUCUUAUAGAAGAGGUUAGAAUUCUAAUGACGUGCAUCUCUGCCAAAAAAUUUCAGAUUCUGAUAUGAUAAACCCAGAUUUUAUACUCUUGAGAAGAUUUAUUUUUAUUUAUAAUGGGACAUAAAGUAAAAGAUGUCCAUGAAGCCACUUUUCCAACAGAUGCUGUGUAACAUUCAUUUUAUAUAGCACAUGGGGACACAAAAACAGUAAAUUUUCUAUUGGUACUUGCUCUGUGCAUUUUUAGCAACUUAUACCAGCAAAUAAAGUAUUCUCAGUAAAACACACAAAUGGUUCUCAAGUAAUCACUUUGCUGUUUUUACUACCUACUUCAAGCCCUGCCAACCCAAGGUACAUAAACAGCAACUUUCCUAUUGAAAAAAAAAUAAAAUAUUCAAGGGUGGGGGAAAGGAAACACUUUAGCAUACUAAAAGCGAUUUUAACUGUACCAUAAAAAAAGUCUACUUUCCAUGCCGCAAAUACCCUUUUGCGCUAUUUUUGUAAAUUAAUUUUGCCAGUUAGAAGUACUGUAUGUGCUGCAUAGAAAUUUGUGCUUAGAUGGUGAAGUUCUUAAGCUUACAAUGGAAUACAGCUACAUUUUCAGUGUUAACUGUGCAUAUUAAGAGUAAUUCUUUGGGAAAAAAAAAAUAUGAUUUUUCAAAAAAGUUAAAAACAUCAAAAAAACCCCAAAAACCCCAAACAUUCUCAGCUAAUUCAUUGUAAUAAGAGAUUUUUCAAUGUCUUCAAUAAUUUGGAAUUUCAUUACACUUCGAUUUUAUGACUCUGCCUAGUAGCUGCUACUUAGUUACAACUGGCCUGAUACCAGAGGUGCUGGCCAUCCACAACUUGCACUGACUCUACUAUCUCUAAGAAUGAGCCCAAAAAUGUUAAUCUUCCUUUCUGCAUUCUAAUAUUAGCAUCUGAGAUACAAAGCAGAUUGACCCACUUGGAGCACAGCAGUUCCAGAGGUGCUUUUUUUA